AAAUUGGCAACACUGCCUCUAUUGUGGAGUGAUUUGCUGCGAGGACUGUUCGUAAAGGCUGGUAAAAUUGGAAAAAUAACUAAGCAGAACACAAAAAUGCCGCCAGCGUCCGCGGUGAACAGUAACAAUGCGGCUGCACAGGCAGCCAAGGCAGAACGCGCGGAGAAGCUGCGAGGGGCGCUUCGAACCUUCAUCGUGGCGGAUCGCCAGCGUCGGCAGGAGGAGUACGAUGCCUAUUGCGAGCAGAUGCGACUGCGGCGGGAGGAGGAGGAGCGGGAGCGCGAGAACCAGCAGGCUCUGGAGGAUACACGUGACGAGAUCACCAAGCUCGACGAGCAGCUGGCGGAUCUGCAGAGUCAGAAGCACCAGUUGUUGGUGCAACUGAAGAAGGUGCUCAACGACGAUGAAACACGGAAAAAGCAGGCCAAGGAGAACGAACUGUUUGCCAUGCAACAGGCAGCGGCCACCGUGGCCACCUCGGUAUUUCUGCCGAGCCUGCGCCUACAGCAACACCAGCAGCCACCGCCCGGCAGCCAGACAGGGAAACGAGGGCGAAGUCCCUCGCCCCCGAAUCAUGCGUACUACAAAAGCUUUUCCCAACAAAAACACGAUGACUACCGUCGUGCCGCGGACUAUGCUAGAUUAUCAUGGAACAAGACCACGGCGCAGUAUCCCAGCACGGGCACCCUGUUCUACCAGACCACCGCAGCGCCGCCGACCACACAGCAGCAGGCUGACGCACGGCUGCAGUCCAUUUACAAUUACGCCCUGCCCCUGAGACAGGCCUACCACGUGGAGCUGCCCAAUGCCACGGUGAGCAAGGCCUCCGACACCCAGUCGCCGAAGACACAGCCGAUGCAGGUGCUGCACAUCAAUCUGGAUCAACCGCCCAUCUCGCAGUCCGAUCUGGUUGUGCAGGCCACCAGCGUUGCCAGCAGCUUGUCCAUUCAGACGUCCAAGCCACAGGUGACCAUGGAGAAGCUACCGGAGCGCUAUCACAUCGAGGUGAAGCACGAUGGUACGCCACAGAACCAUAUCCCACCGCCACCGCAUCUUUUGUCGGAGGGCGUUAUCUUUAAGCCGAUGAUGAGCGAGCUCUCAAUGCAUCCCAAUGUGCUGCAAAUAAGCACCAGCCAGAAUUCCAAGACGACUGGCAGCAUUACACAAGGCUUUCCGCCGGGACGGGGAAGCUCAGGCCAUGAGGCACAAUUGAACCGACAACAGCUGUCGCUGUUGCCUGGCCAGACGGCAACUCCGCCCGUUUCUAGCUCUGGCUCCUCACAGCCAGCAGGCGGACAGCAACUGCAAUAUACACGACGCCUGUACUAGCUCUAGCUUCAGAUACAGAUCCAGAUCUAGAUACCCUUCUACGGAACUCACUCACUCACUAAUCAAGUUACGAUUUUUAAUGGAGAUUAUAUUGACUACGCUGCCUGUUUGGAGGUAGCCACACGAAAUAAAGCACAAUAAUGGCGUCCCUAUUUUCCAAUCGAA